AUGGCCGCUGGGCCCUCUCUCCAUCCCUCAGAUGUUCCUCCAGACUUACUCUUCCUCUGUCACUCGCCUCCUCUCAUCCCCUCUUCACUCAGCCCUCCCUUGGGUCUUUCGCCCCCAGAUCCGAUAGCUUCCUCGCCGCCGUCUGUCGAUCUGGCUUCUUCACUUCCAAAGGUUACCCCUGAGGUUCAAAAGCCUCUCUUGGCUUCAUCGGCUUCACAGUUCAAAUCUCCCUUCAAGAACUUGACAAAGAUAGGUUCUGCGUCACCUUCGUCAGAUGGUAUCCCCGAGAUCCAAGCUCCCAAUUCCAUUACCCUAAGCUCAUCUCAAAAAUGGAAGAAUCACAUUGUGGCUUAUUUCCAUGGGACUCCUCCUUCUCCAGCAAAAAUAUUCUCAAAUCUAAAUCCGAUUUGGGUGGAAGCUCCUGCAAUUGUGGAUUGUGGAGUUCCUGCAAUUGUGAAGGUUGGUUCCUCAUCUUGCUCCCCUGGUCGUUCCGAAUCCCUUCGUUUUUUAUCCUCAUCACUGGAGGAGGAGGUUUUUCCAUCUCCAAAACAUGUAGCCAGAAGAUCGCUUCCCCCACCUAGUUUGACGUCAGCCUUAGACAAUGCUCGUCUAGCUUCACCGGUCACUUCAGAUCAGUUCUUAGAAGAAGAGAGCAUUAAUAGUAAUGGUCAAGUUGUGCUCCGGAACAGGUUUAAGCUUCUAAAAUCAGAAGACGCGCUUACUUUACGACCACCUGUCACUAAGAAGCACUUGAGGAAAAUUCAGCAUCAGCAGGGUCUUCAGCCUCGGAUAGACAGGGUUCGCUCACGGAUUUGCUCGUAG